CGAGUGAUGAUGAAGCUCUUCUUCUUCUUAGUCACACUAAUAAUAGUCUAAAACCCUUAAAUUCUCAGAAAUAUUCCACAAUGGCAGAGAUUUCGACUCUGUGUCUAAGAACUCUCGUAUUCUUUUCAUGGGCUGUUUCAAUCUGUAGUUGUCUUCAAGAUUCUGGGUCAGACAGUAGUAAUGGAAGCUUCUUCACGGUCUCGAGCUUCAGGUACCCUAAAUCCGAAGUCAGGCCCUAUGAUACACGUUACAUCAGAGUUGAUUUGCCUCCAUGGUUCUCAUCGUUGAAUGUAGUCAUCGAAUCUGAUGUAGGCAUCACUGCAGAGAGCAUUCCCAAGAUUUCGAGAAGUCUUCUUCCUGUAAUUUGCUUCAGAGAUGGUAGUCCUCCUCUCCCCGAUGCCUCAACCAACGCUCAGAAAGGUUUAGAGCUAGGAAGGUUCUUCAAUGGAUCAUUUGAAGGAGCUGAAGAUAUCGAGAUUGCAGAACAGUGUUACCCUAUGCAGAAGAACAUAUCUCUGAGAUUGACCAAUGAACAGAUAUCACCGGGAGCUUGGUAUGUUGGUCUUUUUAACGGAAUUGGGGCUACUAGGACUCAAGGGAAAAUGAUUGUUCGCUCCUCGGCUUUUUCAUUUAGUGCCAACAUUAGUGUUGAAGGUUGUAAAGCCGCUACAAUGUGGGGACCUUUCUGCAACCAGACCAUUUAUCCGCUUUCAUGUUCUCGGUUCGAUAACCAGACAGGAAGUGUUAUUUCUUGCUCUGAUUCUUUCCCUUCUUCUUGUUUGAACGGUGCUGAAACAAAGACAUAUGCUUUAGAUGUAGAUGGAAUAGCUGAACAAUUAGUGAUUAUGGCAUCCAAUGUGAAAGUAGAUUCCAAUGAAAGUUACCUCAUGUGUUAUGCCCGUUUUGGAGCCAUGGCUUCAGAGACUCUACAUGAUUACGCUGCUGAUAUACACAAAGUUCCCUUAGUUAUUAAGAAACCGAAAGCUGGUCGGUGGUACAUUUUUGUUAGUUUAUCUGGACGGGAGAAUCGGCUUGUACAGGGCACACAUUCUAACUCUAAGGUCUGCUUUUCAGUCAAUGUUAAAGUGCUUGGGUGUCCCGUGGGAAAAGCAGGACCGAAUUGUGGGCAGCAAAUCUACAUGCUUCAGGCAGUUAUGAGGAGAGGGUCGUUGACACCUUUUGAAUCAUAUUAUUUGCCGGUCAAUGACGCUUCACCUUCAGGCUCAAGCACAGCUUUCCCCCUCGAACCCAUUAUCAGCAACUUUUCCUCUAUUCCAGAAUUAGACACAAGCACAUGGACUUAUUUUCUCAUGAACAUCCCUCAAGGAGGUGCUGGUGGACAUAUACACUUCAGAUUAACAUCAGAUUACACGAUACAGUAUGAAGUUUAUCUGAGAUUUGGUGGAUUACCCACUCUUGAGGAUCGGGAUUAUUAUUAUGUGAAUCGAACAAGUGCCAGCCGCUCAAUGUUCUUCUCAUUGUAUAAUUCUAGUCAAGAAAAGAUUGAUUUCUACAUUUUAUAUGCUCGGGAAGGAACAUGGUCACUUGGGUUAAGGCAACUCAAUAAUUCCACGGCUCCUGCUGCUUCCAGAGGUCCACCUACUCUGGUCUCUCUUUCUCUUGAAAGAUGUCCGAGAAGGUGUUCAUCUUAUGGGCAAUGCCGAUAUGCUUUUGACGCUAGUGGAUUGACAUCUUACAGCUUUUGUUCUUGUGACAGAACCCACGGAGGCUUUGACUGCAGCAUUGAGAUUGUGUCGGACCAAGAACAUAUUGUCCAGUCUAUUGCUCUCAUUGCAUCAAAUGCAGCGGCUCUUUUGCCAGCUUAUUGGGCUCUUCGGCAGCGAGAGUAUCCAGAGUGGGUUCUGUUCACAUCCAGCGGAAUCUCGAGCGCUCUGUAUCAUGCAUGUGAUGUAGGCACCUGGUGUGUGUUAAGUUACAAUGUUUUACAGUUCAUGGAUUUCUGGCUCUCUUUCAUGGCGGUGAUUGGUACCUUUGUGUACUUAUCCACGGCUGAUGAAGCAGUUAAGAGGACAAUACACACAGUUGUUGCCAUUCUCACAGCUUUAUUGGCCUUGACCAAGGCAACAAGGGCGUCGAAUAUUAUCAUUGUGUUAGCAAUUGGUUCACUUGGACUCCUCAUCGGGUUUUUGGUAGAGUUUGUGACCAAGUAUCGAUCAUAUUGCGGGUCGGCUGGAUUUUCAUUGAACAUGCUCGACAGGCCACGGGCAGUCAAAGAAUGGUUUAGUAAUUUGAUCAAGACGCUCAAUAAGCGGUUUCGCUGGGACUUUGUCGCGGCUGGUCUUGUAGCCUUCACGAUGGCAGCCAUAAGUUUCAAAGUAGAAACCAGCUCGAGUUACUGGAUUUGGCACAGUAUUUGGCAUUUCACAAUCUACACAUCUUCCUUCUUCUUCCUCUGUUCGAAGAUUGCAAUUGUAAAUAACGAGAACCAAGCCCACAACGGAGCAGACAACUACGAGUUAACAAGGCAGGACUCGGUACCAAGAAACUAGGAAAAGUAUAAAGAUAGAGGCUUUUACUGGAUUCUUUCUGUAUCUUGUCCUAUAUACCAACCAAAGAAGUUUAAGAACAGAACACAUACAUGGUAAUGGGUAAAUAUAUGGGUUUUUUGUCUCCCUUACUAGAUUCUUUCGGUGUGGCAUCUGAACUUCACUACCAACUUGUGUCUGUAACGUGUCUGUAAUCUUGUAUGUUUAUACACACAUAGUGACAGGAAAAGAUCACUGGAGUUGUCCAGUUGCAUCAUUUAUCUUA